GUAAAUCGUUCAAAAUAUCGCACGAUCUUACUUGCUGUUUGUAUUGGGCAGCGGACCUGUUUUCCUCGAAAGUCAGCUCCCUUCAAAGUCCCCCCCUUCGAUCCUUAAGCAUACCCCAUAUCGGACGGCGGCGGUGGCGGCCGACCAUGCUUUUACACCCAACCUCCUCCUCCUCCUCCUUCUACCUGUUUUCUUUCCCCUUUCUCUAUUUCAACAACACCCACUAGACCCUCUUCUUUCGAUUCCAUUCACAAUAUCACUCCCCCCCAAAUGGACCCUUCUCUUCUCGACGAUAUUAUCAAUCGUCUUCUCGAGGUCCGUGGCCGUGUCGGCAAGCAGGUUCAGUUGUCCGAGUCUGAGAUCCGACAACUCUGUCAAUUUUCUAGAGAGAUUUUCUUGCAGCAGCCUAAUUUGUUGGAGCUCGAAGCACCUAUCAAGAUUUGUGGUGAUAUACAUGGGCAAUAUUCUGAUCUAUUAAGGCUUUUCGAAUAUGGUGGGUUACCUCCUCAUGCUAACUAUUUAUUUUUGGGUGAUUACGUUGAUCGAGGCAAGCAAAGUCUAGAAACCAUAUGUCUUCUCCUGGCAUAUAAAAUAAAAUAUCCAGAGAAUUUUUUCAUAUUGAGAGGGAACCAUGAAUGUGCUUCUAUAAAUCGAAUAUAUGGCUUCUAUGACGAGUGUAAAAGAAGAUUUAAUGUUAGGUUAUGGAAGACGUUUACAGAAUGCUUUAACUGCCUGCCUGUGGCAGCUCUGGUUGAUGAAAAAAUUCUGUGCAUGCAUGGAGGUUUGUCUCCUGACCUGAAUAAUUUGGACCAAAUUAGAAAUAUGUCAAGACCAACAGAUGUACCAGACGCCGGCUUGCUCUGUGAUCUUUUGUGGUCUGAUCCCAGUAAAGAUGUUCAAGGUUGGGGAAUGAACGACAGGGGUGUUUCAUUUACUUUUGGUGCUGACAAGGUGACAGAGUUUCUUCAGAAACAUGAUUUGGAUCUCAUUUGUCGUGCACAUCAGGUUGUGGAGGAUGGAUAUGAGUUCUUCGCAAAUCGUCAACUUGUAACUAUUUUUUCAGCCCCUAAUUACUGUGGAGAGUUUGAUAAUGCUGGUGCCAUGAUGAGUGUGGACGAGACGCUUAUGUGUUCAUUUCAAAUACUAAAGCCUGCGGAUAAGAAGCCUAAGUUGAACUUUGGAAGCACUACCACCACAAAGCCUGGAAAUCCUCCAGCAGGGGUUAAGCAGUCCUUCCUUGGUACAAAAGCUUGACUUGGUGAGGCAAGGAGGUCUCUUGCGGCCAGUUGAGUCUACAAAACUUGGAAGUUUUAACUUUUGGAGGAAACUCUAGGAUCGAUCAUUUGAUUCUAAACUUGAAUGUUGAAAAUUGUAAAAAAACAAAAAGGAAAAAAAUUGUAAGGUGAACUUUAAAAUGAUUACAAAAUAUUGUUAUCCUCGAUACAAAUUCGAGUUAUUGAAGGUGGUAGGCUGCAAAUACUUGCCCAUCUUCCUUGUACACUAAUUGGCAGCGCCAUCAGUGCUAUUGGCGCUACGGGUUUACUGUAUGUGUUGGACAUUUAAUUGUGCGUUUUCUUUCUCUUUUCUGGUUCAUCAAGAUGUUCUUCAUUUUGCUCUUUUA